UUUUUUAGCCACUCAAAGGAAUUGUUCAAAAGCGGACCGAUUUUCAAGUGCACAACCAGUUGAAUUCUUUUGCAACUGCAGUUUGCUUUCAAGGAUUCGCUUACCAGACAGAAUUUAUUUUUGCCAGGACUCAGUACUUCUUUAAAUUCGGAUUGCGUGCGUGGGUGUCCGUGCGUGUUCCGUCUCUCUCGCACUGCGUGUGUCUGUGUGCGUGAGGCGAGCGCGAUUUAAAAAUAAAACGGCAAAUACAUAAUAAAAAAAAAUAUAUCGAAGAGCAACAGCGGCAGGCAACCCAACACAAACAAACCGAUACCAGCUAGCCGUGUGUGUUUACACUGUGUUGUGCGUUGGUGUUUGUGUACCAAAGUUUCCUCCUAACCAUACUAAAUCCAAACCAAAUCACAAAGCCACGAUCUCGUUCGCAUGUAUGCCAAUGCAUUUUAUGGACGCCUCAGACUCAUUUGCCUGUGGAAGCCAGUCGGACAUUGAUUGGGCCAAGAGCCUCGUCAAAGAGUCCCAGAACAGAAACUGAAACUGAAAUUGAAACCAAACCCGAGCCAGAAACCAAGUCCCGACCGUUGCACUGAUCACCAUACACAUUCAGCUGCCACAGCUUAGCAUCCAAAAUCACAAUACCAUCAUCAUAUCCAUCGGGUAGAGCAAGAGCAUGAGCCUGUGGAAGCGCAUCUCCAGCCAUGGCGACUGCGAGCAGCGUAUGGCGGCUUACUACGAAGAGAAGGGUCUGCUCGACCUGCGCCUCUGCUUGGCGCCCUGGAUCGAAGACAGGAUAAUGUCCGAACAGAUCUCACCCAACACCCCCGACCAGUUGGAGCGCGUGGCCCUCAAGUUCAACGAAGAUCUGCAGCAGAAGCUUCUCUCCACGCGCACCGCCAGCGACCAGGCCCUCAAGUUUCGGGUGGUGGAGCUGUGUGCCCUCAUUCAACGCACCUCCGCCGUCGAGCUGUACACGUACCUGCGCACCGGCCUGCAAAAAGAGCUGCAACUGGUCACCGAGAAGAGUGUGGCUGCCACAGCAGGCCAAUCGAUGCCGCACAAUCCCUACAACAUGAACAACACGCCAAUGGUUACCGGCUACAUGGACCCCAGUGACCUGCUGGCGGUGUCCAACAGCUGUAAUCCGACCGUGGUCCAGAACAUAGGACCCAUUCAAAAUGUGCAAAAUACAGGCGGCAUUGCCUCCCCAGCCCUCGGCAUGGUCACGCCCAAGGUGGAGCUGUACGAGGUGCAGCACCAGAUCAUGCAGAGCCUCAAUGAGUUCGGUGGCUGUGCCAACGCUAUGAAGCUGCUUGUCCAGAACUACGGUUACAUGUUGAACUCCACAUCCUCGCCGAACGCCGAGGCUGCCUUCAGAAGUCUGAUCGAUGAGAAGGCGGCCAUCGUGAUCACAAUGCGCCGCAGCUUCAUGUACUACGAGUCGCUGCACGAGCUGGUCAUUCACGAGCUGAAGAACUGGCGCCACCAGCAAGCACAAGCCGGAAACGGAGCUCCAUUCAAUGAGGGCUCCCUGGACGACAUCCAACGUUGCUUUGAGAUGCUCGAGACUUUUAUCGCCCACAUGCUGGCUGCCGUUAAGGAGACCAUGCGCGUACGUCUCGUAACCGAAGAGCCGGAGCUAACACAUCUGCUUGAACAGGUGCAAAAUGCGCAAAAGAACUUGGUCUGCUCAGCCUUCAUCGUAGACAAGCAGCCCCCGCAGGUGAUGAAGACCAACACACGGUUCGCGGCCUCAGUGCGCUGGCUUAUAGGCUCCCAGCUGGGUAUCCACAACAACCCGCCCACUGUUGAAUGCAUUAUUAUGUCAGAAAUCCAGUCGCAACGCUUCGUCACUCGCAACACACAGGUGGACAACAGCAGCCUGUCCGGUCAAUCAUCCGGCGAGAUACUAAAUGCCUCCAGCACCAUGGAGUACCAGCAGAACAACCAUGUGUUCUCCGCCAGCUUCCGAAACAUGCAGCUGAAGAAGAUCAAGCGGGCAGAGAAGAAGGGCACCGAAAGCGUUAUGGAUGAGAAGUUCGCCCUAUUCUUUUACACCACCACCACAGUAAACGAUUUCCAGAUCCGGGUGUGGACUCUGUCCCUGCCCGUUGUGGUGAUCGUUCAUGGCAACCAGGAGCCCCAGUCCUGGGCCACAAUUACUUGGGACAACGCGUUUGCGGAGAUUGUACGCGAUCCCUUCAUGAUUACCGACCGCGUUACCUGGGCCCAGCUGUCGGUCGCACUAAACAUCAAAUUUGGAUCCUGCACAGGUCGCUCCCUGACUAUUGAUAACCUGGACUUCCUUUACGAGAAGCUCCAGCGUGAGGAGCGUACCGAGUACAUUACGUGGAACCAGUUCUGCAAGGAACCCUUGCCCGACAGGUCUUUCACCUUCUGGGAGUGGUUCUUCGCCAUCAUGAAACUCACCAAAGAUCACAUGUUGGGCAUGUGGAAGGCUGGCUGCAUCAUGGGCUUCAUCAACAAGGCCAAGGCCCACGCUGAUCUGCUGCGUUCAGUUUAUGGCAUCGGCACCUUUCUGCUCCGCUUCUCCGACAGCGAGCUGGGAGGAGUCACCAUCGCUUACGUAAACCCAUUGGGAGAAGUCACCAUGCUGGCCCCAUGGACUGCCCGUGACUUCCAGGUGCUGAACCUGGCCGAUCGCAUUCGUGAUUUGGAUGUGCUGUGCUGGCUGCAUCCUAGCGAUCGCAACGCGAGCCCCAUGAAAAGGGACGUCGCCUUUGGCGAGUUCUACUCGAAGCGUCAAGAACCCGAACCCCUCGUUCUAGAUCCCAUCACCGGUUAUGUGAAGAGCACAUUGCACGUCCACGUUUGUAGCAAUGGGGACAAUGGAUCCACUGUUGGAACACCGCAUCAUCACGGUGCCCAGGAAAACAUGCAAUUGGGAAAUUUUUCACCACAAAGCGCCAUCGGUUUCUAUAGCCCAGCACCACCUGAGGAAUCAGAUUCCGAUGCUAGCGAAACGGCCGAGGCCCUACAGACAUAUAUAACAACAGCUCCACCCAACGACCCCCUGCUGGGUGUAAUCAGUAGUACCCUAAUGAAGAGCGUUCACAUCUAUCCACAACUGAUGGCUGGGUAUUGGUCGCUAGUUGAUUGUGGCACUUACCGAAAGUGGUGACUUUGGAAUGGCGGACUUCGAUUCGAUGACGAACUUUGAGAACUUUUGAAACUAACUAUAGCAACUAGAGAAGCCUAUGUAUAAACGAUAUCAGAUAGCCACCGCUAUCUUGGAAGUCCGACGAUGAUGUGUACGCCGCCACAAUGAUUGCAACGAUCUGGCGCCUGAUUCAUUGUGCUAUUUGAAAGUUUUAUUUAAUGUUAUCUAGAUGUAAUUAUUAGAUUUCCGAAUGCAUCGUAGUGGAAGGUUUUGUUUUGCUUUUUGUGAAACGCCAAACCACAGAAACAACAUCAAAACUACAAUAAGAUCUACCAGAGCAAUGCAUGCAAAUUGCGACACCUCAACACAAACACCUACAGCACACACAGCCAGAGUACUGUCUUUAUCGUGAUUAUGAUUGUGUCUGACCCAUGCAGAAUUUAGAAUUUCUGUGUUGUAUAAACCUUUGGAAUGUGUCCGCAUGUUAUUCGUUUUAUAUUUUUAUAUAUAUCUUUAUAUAUUUGAUUUCUUUUUUUGUACUACGACGUGUUCGUCUGUGACAAAGCAUUACGUUUAAUUGAUAAUGAUAAUAUGAGUAUCGGUUUAGUUAGUGAGUAACUAUUUGUUGAAUCUAAAUUUUUGAUUUUGAUUUUAAGUUUAAUCCCUAAUUUAAACAAUUUGAAAUACUAAAUAGUUCGCGUGCUAAGCCUAUGCUAAACGAAAGAUGAAAACCAAUCAACGAGAGCAGCAACGCAGGAGAUGAUUGCGUUUAUUUUUAGUUAUAAUCUAAGUAACAUUGUGAAUUGCUUUAUAACCCAUCCUUUAUUGGCUUCCAAUGCUGAAAAUGCGCUAAAAUUUAACGAAUCCAUGUAUAUUUUUUUUAAAACUUGUUUGUUUGAGUCAUAAGGGCAGAGUUUGCAAUGCAUUUCAAAUGCGCCAAAUGCGAUUGCCCAUUUUAGUCAGUUAUCAGAGACACACGUUUGUAUGAGAGAUCGUAAACAUAAUCAUUUAUGUAAGCAGCAACAAUAACACAACACUACACCUAGCUUUGUACGUGAACCUUAAGAAUUUUAUAAGACUUAAGUACAACACCCCCCAAAUAAAUAAACAAUUCAGUAAACAAUUGAAA